AUGCUGAAGAUCAUGAAUUCCCAGGCUCGCAGUACUUCUGUUGAUAACAGCACACGUGCAGCGGAACGCGAAACAAGUGCUUCUGUUGACUCAACAACCACAACACCAACAACCACAUCACUAAGAUGCACAUACCAAACAAUCACACCACCACCAAUCACACAAUAUGUAUGUACGUACGAAACAACAACACAACAGACAACCACACCACCAACAACCACACCACUAAUAUGCACAUCACAAGAAACUACAACACUGACAACCACGCCGCCAACAACUACACCACCUACAACCACACCAACCGAAGCCACAACACCAACAACCACACCACCAACAACUACUCAAACGGAAACCACCACACCACCAACAAGCACAUCAACGGAAACCACAACACCAACAACUACUCAAACGGAAACCACCACACCACCAACAAGCACAUCAACGGAAACCACAACACCAACAACCACACCACCAACAACUACUACAACGGAAACCACCACACCACCAACAAGCACAUCAACGACAACUACUACAACGGAAACCACAACACCAACAACCACACCAGAGACAACUACUACAACGGAAACCACAACACCAACAACCACACCAGAGACAACUACUACAACGGAAACCACAACACCAACAACCACACCAGAGACAACUACUCAAACGGACAACCACCAACAACACCACCAACAACUACAAACGGAACCAGAACAACACAACAACACACAACAACACCGAACAACUACUCAAACGAAACCACAACACCAACAAACCACAACAAGCACAUCAACGGAAACCACAACACCAACAACCACACCACCAACAAGCACAUCAACGGAAGGCACAACACCAACUACCACAACACCAACAACCACACCAACGGAAACAACAACACCAACAACUACCCCAUCAACAACUACGCCACCUACAACCACGCCAUCAACUACAACACCUACAACCACCCCAUCAACAACUACGCCACCGACAACCACAACGACUGUAACCACUACCGAGCGCUACUACUGCCGCUGUAGGGACUGGAGACGUCAGUGCUGUCUACACGGCUGGUGCUCUCGGCGUCCAUCACUGGGAGAACCCUGUGGGAGGAAUACGUGUCCUUGUCGCUACGGAGUUUGCUACAGAGGAACAUGCAAAAUGCCAAGAUACCGCUACGACCGCGAUGACUACUAUCACUAAUCGUAGUGACCACCAUAUUGUGUAACACCGGACUUCGAACCCUUUCUUAUUUAUCACUUUUAAAAUAACAACGGACUUUUAAAGUCUACUACUGUAACAACUACUUAUAUCCUACACCAACGUAAGCUCACAAGAAAAGGAGGCUGAGAAGAAGAAGCUGACAUCAAAUUGAAUCUUUUUGAGUCUUUCACAUGUUCUGGACACAGCUCCAGCUUUCGACAUUCUCAAAAGAUGGAAAUUCUCAUCGGGUCAGCAAAUGAAAGCUUUUCUUGUUGUCAAGCACGAAAUACACGUUGGUCGUAUUAAAAUAAAUUGCAGACACGUA